AUGGGUGUGAAAACAUUUACUCAUAGUUCCCCUUCCCACAGCCAGGAGAUGCUUGGAAAGUUAAAUAUGCUUCGAAAUGAUGGACAUUUCUGUGAUAUCACUAUUCGUGUCCAGGACAAAAUCUUUCGGGCUCACAAGGUGGUACUGGCAGCUUGCAGUGAUUUCUUUCGCACCAAACUUGUUGGCCAAGCAGAGGAUGACAGCAAGAAUGUAUUGGAUUUGCAUCAUGUGACAGUCACUGGAUUUAUACCCCUUUUGGAGUAUGCUUAUACAGCAACUCUGUCAAUUAACACAGAAAAUAUUAUUGAUGUCCUGGCUGCAGCCAGCUAUAUGCAAAUGUUUAGUGUUGCCAGCACCUGCUCAGAGUUCAUGAAAUCAAGCAUUUUAUGGAAUACACCCAACAACCAACAAGAAAAGGGCCUAGAUGCUGGGCAAGAAAACAAUUCUAACUGCAAUUUUACCUCUCGAGAUGGUAGUCUUUCUCCAGUGUCUUCAGAAUGCAGUGUGGUAGAAAGGACCAUUCCUGUCUGCCGAGAGUCCCGGAGAAAGCGUAAAAGCUACAUAGUUAUGUCUCCUGAAAGUCCACUUAAGUGUAGCACACAGACAAGUUCUCCCCAAGUGCUAAAUUCUUCAGCUUCCUAUUCAGAGCCUAGAAAUCAACCAGUUGACUCUUCCUUAUCUUUUCCCUGGACUUUUCCAUUUGGAAUUGAUCGAAGGCUUCAGUCAGAGAAGGUUAAGCAGGUAGAAAAUCCCAGGACUUUAGAACUGCCAGGCCCAUCUGAGUCAGCUAGAAGAAUGACUGAUUAUAUGACAUGUGAGAGUACAAAGGCUAAUUUGCCUCUGGUUACUGAAGAAGAUGUACGGGUCAAAGUGGAAAGGUUAAGUGAUGAGGAAGUUCAUGAGGAAGUAUCCCAGCCUGUCAGUGCAUCUCAGAGUUCCCUGAGUGAUCAGCAGACAGUGCCAGGAAGUGAGCAAGUUCAGGAGGAUCUUCUAAUUAGUCCCCAGUCUUCCUCUAUAGGCUCAGUAGAUGAAGGAGUCACUGAAGGACUACCUACACUUCAGAGCACCUCCAGCACUAAUACUCAUGCAGAUGAUGAAGAUCGAUUGGAAAAUGUUCAGUACCCCUACCAACUCUACAUUGCUCCUUCUACCAGCAGCACAGAACGACCAAGUCCAAAUGGUCCAGAUAGACCUUUUCAGUGUCCAACUUGUGGGGUCAGAUUCACCCGCAUUCAGAACCUUAAGCAGCACAUGCUUAUCCACUCAGGCAUUAAACCAUUUCAGUGUGACCGCUGUGGGAAAAAGUUCACCCGGGCUUACUCGCUAAAGAUGCAUCGCCUAAAGCACGAAGGUAAACGCUGUUUCCGGUGCCAGAUAUGUAGUGCCACUUUCACUUCCUUCGGGGAAUAUAAACACCACAUGCGGGUUUCCCGGCACAUUAUCCGCAAGCCUCGGAUUUACGAGUGCAAAACUUGUGGCGCCAUGUUCACCAACUCUGGAAAUUUAAUCGUGCACCUGAGGAGUCUGAACCAUGAAGCGUCAGAGCUAGCAAACUACUUCCAGAGCAGUGAUUUCCUAGUACCGGACUACUUAAACCAGGAGCAAGAAGAGACUCUUGUUCAGUACGAGCUUGGAGAACACAGUUUUGAAAACAAUUCCUCUGUCCAAAUGCCUGUCAUUUCACAGGUCUCAUCAACUCAGAAUUGUGAAAGCACUUUUCCUUUGGGGUCUCUCAGUGGUCUGACAGAAAAAGAGGAAGAAAUGCCAGAGCAGCCAAAGACCAGUGCCAGUAGUGAGACAAUUAGAGAUGACCCCCCAAAAUUGGAGCUGUCUUCUAUUACUAUUGAAUAAUUUUAUGGUUUGGCUUCAUUUUUGUUUGAUUUUUAGAAAGUGCCUGUGCUUGGUCCUGUACAUUUUUUAAUUUAAUUUUUUAAAGAUGAAAGGAUAUAAUGGGGAGAAAUCCUUUAUACUUUGUUACCUAUGCUUUAAACAGAAAACUGCAACAGAUGUCACAUUUUUCAUGACAAAGAGAUCACUCUUAAGACUAAGUAUACAAUAAGAUCAUGUCCAAUCAUAAUAGAAGCUGUGAUAUACUUAAGGAAAACUGACAUAAAAUACCUAACAAUUUCUUAUACCAUUAGUGUAGAUUGUCUCUUCUCUUCAGGCCAUUGGGUAAAUAAGAAAUCAGAAGACUUUUAAUCUGACUAAAAUGCAAAUAUAUGCCAGAAAUAAUUACUGUACAGAC